AUGAAGAUGCUGACUGUGUGUGCACUUGUUUGUACAUUCAUGGUUCUGACCGGAGCUGCUGCAAACCUCGCUUCUGUGCACAGCGAGAGUGAGUACCUUGAAAUUCAGAUGAUGAUAUCCAGGGUCAGUAAAGGGUUUGGAAGGACAUGGCUUGGAGGCACUGACUGCCAGCAGGAGGGCGUUUGGUUGUGGAGUGAUGGCACACCUUUCGACUAUCACCACUGUGGAAGGUUUGACAACCGCUGGUGGAAGGAGCACUGCUUGCAAAUGAAUUAUGGAGAAAACAAGUGCUGGAAUGAUGUGAGGUGUUCCAGCAAACUUCCAGCCGUCUGUGCCAAAAAUCCCUAA